AUGCAGGCUGUUGUCUUCCAAGGUCCUCUCAAGGUCGCUCUAGAACAGCGACCCAUCCCCCAAAUCCAGGAACCCACCGACGUCAUCGUCAAAGUGCGCUAUACGGCACUAUGCGGCAGUGAACUCCACGUCUUCCGCGGCCACCAGCCGUCUGGCACGGGCUUCAUCAUGGGCCAUGAAUUCACCGGCGAAAUUGUUGAAGUUGGCUCCGCGGUCCGCGGCUUCAAAGUCGGCGACCUCGUCGUCUCCCCGUUCACCGUCAACUGCGGCGAAUGCUUCUACUGUGCCCGGAAAUGCUCCUCGCGCUGCGCAAACGGCAAGCUGUACGGCUCCGCCAUGCUGGACGGCGGGCAGGCUGAUUACGCGCGCGUGCCGUCCGCGGAUUCAACCCUCGUCGCGGCUCCCGCGGCCGUGGAUGAGAAGAAACUCGUCGUGAUGGCAGAUAUCCUGCGACGGGGUUCUUCGCGGCCCGGAAUGCGUUCAAGGAGAUGGAUCAGGCGACGAUUGAAGAAACAUUUGAUUGCGGUAGAUAGUGUUCCGUCGCGGUUGGCGUUGGCGAAGAGCUUGGGGGCUGAGCCAUGGAAUUUCCAGACUGAUGCUGAGGGCCUGAAGCAGCGCGUCAAGGAGCUGACCGAGGGUCGGGGGGCUGAUGUGGCGAUUGAAGUCGUGGGGCAUAGCGAUGCUUUGCGGAUGGCCUUUGACAAUUUGAGGCCGUGGGGUCGCAUCUCGAGCAUUGGUGUGCAUAAUGGGGAGAUUCCUUGGACUGGCAAUGAGGCGUACGGCAAGAAUCUGCAGAUCCAGAUGGGACGGUGUCCGGUUCGCAGUAUCUUUGAGGAUGCUCUGGAGUUGCUGGUUCGGAAGCAAGACUCUCUGGAAUUUAUGGUUGGCGAUAUUCGGCCGUUGUCGCAGGCGAUUCAGGCGUACGAUGAUUUCAACCAGAUGAAAUCGCAGAAGAUCAUCUUUGAAGCGGGCAAAUAG